AUGUUUCAAAGUGAUCCGGAUGGCCAAACUUGUCGGAGAAGCUGCACCUGCCAGCGCUCCCUCAGAUUCAGGCCCGUCCUCUUGACGGCCCUCUGCUUCCUAUGCAGCCAGGUGGCCUUCCAGCUGUGCGGCGCCAAACCGCGUGGGCAGCGGCUCAGGCUCUCAGCCGUCGCAGCCGCUCCUGUGAACGGCCUGGAGAUCGGCGACGCGGUCACCGCCACCGUGGUCUCCGUCGGCGAGACCUGGGUGGAUGCAGACGUCGAGGGCGCCGGUCUGCGCGGUAGGAUGCACAAGUCCGACCUGACCACGCUGCGCAUCCGGCAUGCCAGGGAGGUGGUCAAGGUCGGCGACGUUGUGAAGUGUUUCGUGAAGCAGCUCAAGCAAGAUCGUCCCGUGCUGACGAUGCAGGACGUCUUCGCCAACCGCACGCGCCUCUCGGAGCUGCAGCCAGGGCUGGCCUGCGACGCGAAGGUGGUGCACGUGAACAAGCACAUCGGCGCCUUUGUGGAUGUUGGCGCCGUGACGUCGGCGCUGGUCCCACGAAACGAUUUCGAAGGCUGGACAGAGGGAGCAAACUUGGUGCAACCUCAGCUUUUUCCGGCUAGCGGUGUUUCGGUUCAGUGGCUUUCAGCAGUCAUGAUUGGCGGCGUGGUGGAGUCCUGGGAGGAGCUUUGCCCCAAGACGAAGGGGAAGGCGGCGAAGAAGGCCAAGAAGGAGAAGAAGGAGCAGAAGCCGGUGAUUCACCAGGCCUCAGCGCAACGGACGCGAAAGAAGCUGCAAGCGGGCCCGCACGUGCCCCUUGUGGCUGCUCCGGAACCCGAAGUGGAGCCCGAAACCGAUGACAACUGGGCCUGGGCGGCCUGGGAUGCCUGGGCGCCUCCACCUUCGGCCGAGCUCGAGCUGGACUUCUUCGCCGUGCCCAAAGAUCGCGAUGGAGACGCCGUCUGGGAAUUCAAGGUGGGAGCACCACCCAACAUCAAAGAGUGCAUCGAAGUUCCAGUCGAAGUUCCAAAGGUCAAAGCAACCGACUGGACCGUGCAAGAAAGCUGGGAAGACAUGUGCGACUCCGAUGCUGGCAGCACAGCCGACGAGUCGCGGACCAUGGAGCGCACGCUCCCGGAAGGCACGACUGUCAGAGUCGAGGUGACAAAGGUGGACACGAGCAAAGGUCACAUCACUGCCAAGCUCUUGCCCGACAGCACGGAAGCUCUGACAGACUGA